AAGCUGACGCUGCCAUUUUGUAUCGGGCUUUUUAAUUUCAUAGCUAUACAGGCUAAAUUUAGUAUAUUUUGUGUCACUUCUCAUCUCGUCUCCAAAGUGGUUAAUCGUUUAUAACGUAAUAUAGUUACCAUUCGAAAUAUACCGUAGGCAACCGUUGUUGCGGCACAAUCUAUCACCACCAUGACUUCGACGUUUCGUUCAAGCGACAUACUCCAACAAAUGGACUUCGCCAUGAUAGGCACCCAUUUCGCUUCUGGGCCCCUUCAAAUAGACCAGGACUUAUCCGGUAUCGGUGGCAUACACUUGACCGGAAGUAACGGCGGGUCGCAACAAUACUCUAACGACGGGGAAGUAUCUCCGCCCAACGGAAUGCCACCGUCGUGGCAGAGUAUUGCUGCGCCAGGGUCAACAGUAGCCGACUACCUGUCUCAUUUGCCGGCCACACUUACUUUGCAUCAUUUCCUGAAAUAUUCGGGGGAAAGUAUCAAAGAUAAGGAAGAACCAAAGCCUAAAAAGAGGAAAAAGGCUGAAAAACAAGUAAAUACUAAUUGUUAUUCUCUGACAGCUCCACAGUUCAAACCUAAGCCUGGCCAGAUAAGAAUAACUAACUGUGCAGACGGAACAACUAUGUUUGGAUGUCCCGAGUGUCAAGCGGAAUACCUUGACAAACAUUUGCUGGAAGAACAUCUCAGCAGCCACGCAACCGAACGGCGAUUUGUUUGUGACAUUUGUGGUGCAGGACUUAAACGUAAGGAUCAUUUGACAAGACACAGGCAGAGCCAUAGUUCCGAAAGACCAUUUGCGUGUACCGUUUGUGGUAAAGCGUUCAAACGCAAAGAACAGCUUACUCUCCAUAAAGUAGUGCAUACAGGUGAGAAAAGACAUGCUUGCAUAGAAUGCGGCAGAGCAUUUUACAGAAAGGAUCACUUAAGGAAGCAUGCCAGGAGUCAUGCUGCAAAAAGAGAUAAAAGUGGACAGCAAACAUGUUAGUCAUUAAAAAAUGUUUUAACACAACUGCAUAUGGCCAAUUUAUAUUUAUUUACUUUAAUAUGUAUAAUAUAAAUAUAUAUACACAUAUACGCAUUUGUGUACAUAUUUAUAUUCAGUUUAACAUGUCUUGCAAUAUUACUAUCGCUUAUAAACUAAUAACAAUAUGCGAGUGUAUUAUACUCAACAUAAUUCCAUUACCUUACCCUAUACGUUUGUAAAUAAUUAUGUAAUUAGAGAUUAUAAAUUUGUUUUUCUUAAUGUUAAAGAUUUGUAUCAUCUAUAAAAUGAAAAACUACCAUUGUAAGUAGUUGAAUAUUAUAUUGU